GAUCAGAUUACGCGAUUGCAUAAAAGGCGCCCGGUACCCUGUCCUCCUCUUCGCUCAUUACCACCACCUUGAAUUAUACUCAUCGUCUGAUACAUCUGCAAUCAUCAUGGUCAAAGUUGGCAUUAACGGAUUCGGUCGUAUUGGCCGUAUCGUCCUCCGAAAUGCUCUCCAGUUCUCUGAAAUCGAAGUCGUUGCUGUGAACGACCCUUUCAUCGACCUUGACUACAUGGUCUACAUGUUCAAGUACGAUUCGGUCCAUGGUCGAUUCAAGGGUACCGUCGAAGCCAAGGACGGAAAGCUCUACAUUGAGGGCAAGCCCAUCACUGUCUACGGCGAGCGCGACCCCUCCGCGAUUCCCUGGGGUUCCGUCGGCGCUGAAUACGUCGUUGAGUCCACCGGUGUGUUCACUACCAUCGACAAGGCCUCUGCUCACUUGAAGGGCGGUGCCAAGAAGGUCAUCAUUUCUGCGCCUUCUGCUGAUGCGCCUAUGUUCGUCGUCGGUGUCAACCUUGAUGCUUAUGACCCAAGCUACAAAGUCAUUUCCAAUGCCUCCUGCACAACGAAUUGUCUUGCUCCUCUCGCCAAGGUCAUCCACGACAAGUUCGGUAUCGUUGAGGGCUUGAUGUCCACCAUUCACGCCACCACUGCCACCCAAAAGACUGUUGAUGGUCCCUCCAACAAGGACUGGCGUGGAGGCCGUGGUGUCAACAACAACAUCAUUCCUUCCUCCACUGGUGCCGCAAAGGCCGUUGGAAAGGUCAUUCCUUCCUUGAACGGAAAGCUCACUGGUCUCUCGUUCCGUGUGCCCACCUCCGACGUCUCGGUCGUUGAUCUCGUCGCCCGUCUUGAAAAGGAUGCUUCCUACGACGACAUCAAGGCUGCCGUCAAGGAGGCUGCUGCCUCUGGUCCCCUCAAGGGUGUCAUUGAAUACACCGAAGACGCCGUCGUCUCCACCGACUUUGUCGGCCACUCCGCCUCGUCCAUCUUCGAUGCCAAGGCGGGCAUCCAACUCAACAAGAACUUUGUCAAGUUGAUCGCCUGGUACGACAAUGAGUGGGGCUACUCGCGUCGUGUCUGCGACCUCUUGGUGUACGCUGCUGUGCAGGACAAGAAGGCUGGAUUGUAAUCGCAGAGGACUGGAUAAAUGUUUACUAACAAGUACCUACCAUUUAGAAGAGAUGGUGUUGGCAGAAGAAAAUAAAGAAAUCGCUGUGUUGUAGUUUUCAAUAAUAUUCCGCAUUUGUACAAGUGACGA